AUGUCUCAUCGACGGAUCUUAGACGGACAGCCACGAUAUGACACACGAACCCGCACUGUGCUAUAUUACUAUGAUACCCCCUAUGGAUCAUGGCAAUCGAGCGAGUCAAGACUCAUCAUCGGUCCUUACGGUCCUGAAACAGUUCGUGAAACCAGCUCGGCAUAUCCCGCUACGGCUAAUGGGCCACCAUCCCGUGUAAUUUACCGAGGGUCUGCCCGAGAGCGGGCUGAAGAGUACAUUCGAACGGGAAAUCCGGAUGAGGUCAUUACCGGGGGUGCGGGGGACCUUCAUCGACACCCAGCAGCUGCGGCUUAUUUCACAACCAGUGAGAACUACGCAGAUAUAUGUGCACGUAACCACGGUCAUACGGGCAUGGUGAUCCAACAAAGAGUCCCCUCCAGACUCUUGGAUAGAAGUCAUGUUUUCCCCGAAACGCCAGGAAACGACUGGCGUAGCACCAUUCUUACCAAUAGGGCGAUGGAUCGUACUCCUCGAUACCCUUCUGCUGUCGGUCAAUCUCGACGAAGUGAUAUUGCUAUGGCUCCAACUGCGCAGGUGCAAACAGAAGAUCUAUUGCGUAGGACCCAACUUCAUCCCUCGGGGCAUCGAUACGAGUCCGCAUUCCAGCCUGUACUGGAGUUGUCAUCAUCUGACGACUCCGACAUCGACGAGCACCGAAGAGAACCAAGAUAUGUCCAGCAAAUUCGCUUUCAAGACACGGCGCUUGCCGAACUGGCCACGCUACCGAGACAUGCAAGACGUGCCCACAGGCGGCGCUAA